UUCUCUGUGCAGAUCAGCUUCUUGUUCUCCACCUGCGGAAGCAAAGAAUCUUGACGAAGUCUGGAGGAGACGAUCGGGGUGGGGGAUUUGGGGAUUUGGGUUUUGGAUGGCGAGAUCCCGCGUGGCGUCGAGCGUCGCGCACCGGCCUUGAAGAAGAAGAAGAAGAAAGAGAAUGGCACAAGUAACGUUCUUGGUGAAGUUGAUUAUGAGGGGGUCGUCGAAGAAGGUGAUUACUAAGGAGGAUUGGGAGAAGAGGCUCAACGAUGUGAAGAUCAGGAAGGAAGAUAUGAACAAGCUGGUGAUGAACUUCCUCGUCACCGAGGGCUUUGUGGACGCCGCCGAGAAGUUCCGGAAGGAGUCGGGCACUGAACCAGAUAUAGAUCUUUCCACGAUCACCGACCGCAUGGCUGUCAAGAAAGCAGUGCAGUGUGGGAAUGUGGAGGAUGCAAUUGAGAAAGUCAACGACUUGAAUCCUGAAAUACUAGAUACAAAUCCCCAACUCUUUUUCCACCUUCAACAGCAGAGAUUGAUAGAACUGAUUCGGAAUGGAAAAGUAGAAGAGGCUCUUGAGUUUGCUCAGGAGGAGCUUGCACCAAGAGGGGAAGAAAAUCAAAGCUUCUUAGAAGAGCUGGAGAGGACUGUAGCACUGCUGGCUUUUGAAGAUGUCUCCAAUUGUCCUGUGGGGGACCUUCUAGAUAUGUCACAGCGCCUGAAGACAGCUAGUGAAGUGAACGCAGCUAUACUUACUAGCCAGAGUCAUGAAAAAGAUCCAAAACUUCCAAGCUUAUUGAAGAUGUUGGUGUGGGCCCAGAACCAACUUGACGAGAAAGCUAUAUACCCCAGAAUAAAAGAUUUGUCCACGGCGAAGCUUGAAGAUCCCAGUGCAUCGUGAAGAUAUCCCCUUGUGUGCAGGAUUCAGGUCCCGGGUAAAGCGAAUAGGCAGAGCCACGAGGAUAGGAGAAUUUCUCAUCAUCAUUCUGUGCUCCCAUUUAGAGUAGGGAUUUGUUGUUUCUUGGACUGUACAUUUCUACCUUCAAUACAUCCCUGUUCCCCCACGUUCUGGAUGGAUGCUCUCAUUGGUCUUGAUCUUGAGCAGUUGUACAGAUGAUGAUGAAAAUCUCAUCCAUUCGCCUGAUCACAAAUUCAUUUGGCAUGUCAUGUGAAAAGGAGUAGAAGACUCCUCAGCUUUCCUUUCUGUACUGUUAAUAUGGUAAAACAUUGUGACUUUGUUCUCAUUUUCAUUAUGUGCUUUGGUGUAUUUGGUA